GUUGUAUUGACUGCAGCGUUUUCUUCGAGCGACUGCAUUUCGCCUAAAACAAGACGUAUAAGGGAUUUCGAGGAUGAAAAUACAAAGUGUCGUCGAUGCUCUGUAACACUGAACAAAUGGUCUCAAUUGGAGGAAGAUAAUCAAGGUAAAUUUGUUGAAUGAAGUCGAGUUCAUUGAACGUUCCAAUUGCAUUCCAUCGACGCCAAGAUUUCGAUCCGUUUCUAGCACGGUACGAUGUCAAAGACAAGAAAGAAACAACACUUUUUGAAACACGUUCGUAGCAAAAAUUUGAUCACGAAAUAGAAUGAUACAAUGGAAAUUUUCGAAAUUUGAAGAUUGCGCGACAAACGGAAAGAAUCGCAAGAACCUAAUUAAAAUUUCGAAAAACUUUCUGAUCAAGCACUGCCAUUGUCACGUGAUCCAUGCUUUUCUUACGUCAUUUUUCGCGUUAAAUUUAAAAUUUUUUCCAACCCCAUUGUCAUUUGCUUUUGGUAAAACAAUUUAAUAAUUUGGAACAAAAUGGGGAAAACGAGAGGAGUGCAUGAAACAACGCCGGAAUUAAGAAAUCGAAUGGUGGGAAUGUAUGAAGCUGGUUUAGCCUUGCGAGAAAUAGCGAUUGCUGUAAAUUGUUCGCCACGUACAGUAAAAAGAUGGUUAAACAGAUUUGACAAAGAAGGGACUGUGGAAACCCGAGAGCGAUGCGGACGUAAGAGGGCCACAACAGUGGAACAAGAUGAAGCAAUUGUACGCCUAGCCACACAGACACCGAUAACGGCAGCAAAAGCUGUACUUCCUGCUCUAGGACUGACAUGCUCUGUCGAUACUAUACGUGAACGAUUACAUAAAGCUGGUAUUCAUAAUUGGAGCCCCUCGCGAAAAUACAUGCAAAGAAUCCCGCUUGGUGAUACGGAUGGUGUUGCUAUUCAACAACCUGUAUGGAGACCUACUGGAACACAAUUAGGAAAAAAGAAGUCUUCCAAAGAUCCUAAUAAAAAUGAAAAAAAUGUUAAUAUAGUUAAAAAGAAGAGUCCAUUAAAAAAAAUUAAAGCCAAAGAUGUUUAUGUCGGAGAUGGUGCACCGGUAGAAAAUAUUAAAUCUUCUAAUGAACAACAAGAAUUCAUAUAUCCGCAACAAAAUGCUUCGCAAUCUCAAGUUAAUGAAAUACAAACUCCACCUAAACUUUUUGCACUGCAACCAGAGUUUGGGAAUACUUUGAAUUUAGCUCAGCAAACACAAUCUAUUUAUCAACAUCCUGCAUUAAAUAUCUCCCAAAAUUGGCCUCUAGAUUUAGUCCAAGGAAGUCAUCACUAUCCACAGGGUCAACCAAAUUCAAUAUCUCACGAACAAGUAGCUUCCUCUCAACAGCUUCAAGAGUUGCAUUCACAAGAACAGCGGCAACACCACAUACAACAAGUACAACAAACAAUCACGGAUCAAACUCACAAUCUUGAUCAACAACAAGGGCAACUUCAAGCAGAAGUUCAACAGCAGCAUCAUGAUCAUUUACAUCCUCAACUAGCUAGUCCACAAACCAGUACGAAUUUAACUUCUGAUAAUUCUAAUACUCGUGGUCCUCAAGAUAAUAAUCAGUCUUCUAGCAUAGAAUCUAAUCAAAAUAAAGAUUCGUCGAAUGAAGGUAGCGCGAAAAGUGAAGUACAAAGUAAGAAAAAAAAGGGCGGGAAAGCAAAAGGAACAUUGGAAACCAGCGUUGAAAUUCGAAAUCGUAUGAUCGGCAUGUCCGAAGCCGGUUUAUCCACAUUAUCUAUCGCGCUUGCAAUCGACAGAUCGGAACGUACCGUUAAAAGAUGGUUAGAACGUUGGCAUAAAGAAGGUAACGUACAAACUAAGGAAAGAAAGGGACGUCGACGAAUCACUACUAAAGAACAAGACGAAGCUAUCGUUGCUAUGGCUACUCAGCAACCGUUAACUGCAGCUAAGUACGUUGCGCCUGCCCUGGGUUUAAAAUGUAGCGUAGAUACGAUCAGGGAAAGGCUUCAUAAAGCAGGAAUACAUAGUUGGAAGCUUGGAAAGAAACAGGGAGAAGGAAAUGCUGUACAUACUGUACACCUUUGGCAACCCAGUGGAAAUCGGCCGAAUAAACCAAAACUAUCCGGUGAAAGGAAGAAAAAAUCGUGCAAUAAUAAAAAACGCGAUCAAGUAUCAAGCAAUUCGCAAAAACUAUUGUUUGUUACAAAAAUAAAAGCCGAGACCGCUCUAGUGAAAAUGGUUUCACCACCUAUAAAUAUGAUCUCGGAACAAACUACCGCCUUACCAUUCCAUAAUUCUGGAACAAUGGCAAACUAUGUUUCAGGUUCUAAUAUGAUACAACCUAUCCAUAAUAUUCCCGCACCUCCUCCUACAAUUGUUCAAUCUCAGUCACAUCCACCAACAGGUCCACCGCCAAUACCGCAGUCGAUACAAUCAAUGAAUUCUAUGAUGCAACAAAGGCCUGACUGUCGAUUAGCACAAACAAUUGUAGCAUCCGUAUCGGGACAAGGAAGUGCCGGAGUUGUCUAUCCAUCGUGUAUGGUUGGAAGUAAUAGUCACACAGGACACAUGGAACAACCAGAUCUUUUAAACUAUGAACCAUAUAUUUGGAGUUUCUAA